AAGUCUUCAAAUUCGAGGAUGAAAACCAGACCUCGUAUGAAAGUAAUAUUUCCGAUGUUCCCCGAAGGCGUCUUUGUCUUCCAAACCAUCCAGCUUUGGGAGCAAACAUUACUUUUGUUGAAAAUUCUCUCUCUAAAACAGACCGUAGCUCCUCAAAAUAUUAAAUACAUCGUAUCUUGUAACAGGAUUCUGGAAGGAAUGGACCCCAUGUCUUCUGAACAGGACAACGCUUCAAAUGGGCAGUUCUCCAGUGAUGUUGCAGAGCUCCAAAAGCGUCUCAAAGAUGCCUUGGCCGCCAACCAGCAGUGGCUGGCUUACAACCAGCAGCGAGAGGCCUACGUGAGGACAGUCUUGGACAGAAUGCUAUGGCUGGACAGCCAGCUGGACCAGGCCGUCCGGGCCCAGUUCACGCAGCACAAUAAGGAGCAUUCAGAGGCAGACGAGAGAAUAAGCGAGAUGAAGCAGCACUUUGAAAGCCUUCUGGCGAUUGGUCAAGACAACCUGGCGAUACUGAAGCGGCAGCUCGACGUCACCCUCCAAAACCUGGCAGAUGCUAAAAAUAGAUAUGAGAAAAAAGAGCUGGAGGCAAGUGAGCUCAAGCAGCAACUCGAGCGCUCUUCCGAGGAGAAAGAGCUGGUGAAGGAUGAGGUGAGAGCGCUUCAGUGGAGACUGGAUGAGGAGAAGGAUCGCACCGCCAAAUUGGAAGAGCAGUCUUCUGUCGUUCAGAUGUCCAUGGUAAAGUGCCACAAUGCUAGCCAGGACAAGAUCGCUGACCUGGAGCGACAGGUCCAUACUUCCUCCCUGGACCUUGAGGACGAGAUGGAGAACUGUUCAUAUUUGAAGACACAGCUGAUCAAACUUCUCAAUAUGCUGCGAAGACGCGACGACCAACUGGCACACUAUGAAAAGAGAAAGCAACAGGAGGAAGACGACAAGGAGGAGGACGACGAGCCCAUCUAUGAAGAAAUGAGACCCUGCGGGUCGUCGUCACCCAAUGACGGCAGCUCAGAUAAGAGCUCCCUGGAGUGCCCUGUCUGUGGGAUCCAGUGUCCUGUCAGGAAGUACCGGCAGAUGAUGGACCACCUGGAAGUCUGUCUGAACUAAACUAAACCGAAAAACACCGUGAGGUCUCUAAUUGUUCACGUUAUGAGUUGUUCGCGUUAAAAUAUGAAUUCAAGAUCUUCUCGUGUUCUCAUGUACGCUUUGAUGAAUUUAAAUAAUUAAAAAAUGGAUUUAU